ACCCGGCCUGUGAGAGGUUUGGAGGGGGCUCAAAACCUCGGAAUCGCCAUUGUUCGAGCUCGGCUUCCCUCUCGCUCUCCCUCCUUUUCUCACCCGAGAGCUUCCUGGUUUCUUUGUAGAGCCUCAGGAGCCGCUGCUUCUCCUAUCCUCUCCGCGGAGGAAGGAUGUCUACCCUCGAAAUCGAAGCUCGGGACGUGAUAAAAAUAGUGCUGCAGUUUUGCAAAGAGAACUCUUUGCACCAGACCUUCCAGACGUUGCAGAGUGAGUGUCAAGUUUCAUUGAACACAGUUGACAGUCUAGAAACGUUUGUUGCGGAUAUCAACGGUGGGAGGUGGGAUGCUAUCUUGCCUGUGGUCGCCCAGCUCAAACUUCCCAGAAAGAAACUCGAGGACCUUUAUGAGCAGAUUGUUUUGGAAAUGAUUGAACUGCGGGAAUUGGACACUGCACGAGCUAUUCUUAGGCAAACUCAGGCCAUGGGUGUUAUGAAACAAGAACAGCCUGAGAGAUAUCUGCGUCUUGAGCAUCUCUUAGUUCGCACGUAUUUUGAUCCCAAUGAGGCUUACCAAGAUUCAACCAAGGAGAAGCGCCGUGCACAAAUUGCUCAAGUUAUUGCUGCAGAAGUUUCUGUUGUUCCACCUUCACGAUUAAUGGCUUUGAUUGGUCAGGCUCUGAAGUGGCAGCAACACCAAGGAUUGCUACCUCCAGGAACACAAUUUGAUUUAUUUCGGGGCACUGCUGCAAUGAAGCAAGAUGAAGAUGAGGCAUAUCCAACAAGCCUGGGUCACCAAAUUAAGUUUGGAAAGAAAAGUCACCCAGAAUGUGCUUGCUUCUCUCCAGACGGGCAAUACCUAGUUUCAUGUUCAGUUGAUGGAUUUAUUGAGGUUUGGGAUUAUAUUAGUGGGAAGCUCAAGAAGGACCUUCAAUAUCAGGCUGAUGAAGCCUUUAUGAUGCAUGAUGAAGCUGUUCUUUGUGUUGAUUUUAGCAGAGAUUCAGAAAUGCUAGCAUCUGGAUCUCAAGAUGGAAAAAUUAAGGUCUGGCGUAUAAGAACUGGACAGUGUUUGAGACGUUUCGAACGUGCACAUUCUCAAGGUGUGACCAGCCUUGUGUUUUCUCGCGAUGGCAGCCAGCUACUAAGUACAUCCUUUGACAGUACUGCAAGAAUUCAUGGCCUUAAGUCAGGGAAGUUAUUGAAAGAGUUCCGUGGGCAUACCUCUUAUGUAAAUGAUGCGAUAUUCACAAAUGAUGGUAGUCGUGUUAUUAGCGCUUCCAGUGACUGUACGGUAAAGGUUUGGGAUAUGAAGACUACUGACUGUUUACACACUUUCAAACCACCUCCUCCUUUAAGGGGAGGUGAUGCAUCUGUGAACUCUGUCCAUCUCUCUCCCAAAAAUGCUGAGCAUGUUAUUGUGUGCAACAAAACAUCAUCAAUAUAUCUCAUGACACUCCAAGGACAGGUUGUCAAGAGUUUUUCAUCUGGUAAGAGAGAAGGUGGAGAUUUUGUUGCUGCAUGCAUUUCCCCAAAAGGCGAAUGGAUUUACUGUGUUGGUGAAGACAUGAAUUUGUAUUGUUUCAGCCACCAAUCUGGCAAGCUUGAACAUCUAAUGAAGGUGCAUGAAAAAGAUGUGAUUGGUGUUAGCCAUCAUCCUCACAGGAACUUGCUUGUUACAUAUGGAGAGGACUGUACCAUGAAGAUAUGGAAAUCAUAGAAGGGUUAUUAACUAUAUUUAUUUAUUUUUCGUUUAUCAAAACUUUUUCUUUGUCUUGUUGUAUUCACAUGCUAGUUUUACAAUGAGUUUACUGAUGCAUUCAUAAGUUGCAAGGCUCUUCAAUUCAUAGCACUUAUAUGA